GAAGCAGUAACUAUGGCAGACGAAGCACUUGCGAGAGCCGGGCUACAUUUUGACGAAUUAAAUAAAAUCAGGGUUCUUGAACCAGAGGUAGCGCAACAGACAGGAGAGUUAAAAGAAGAAUGCAAAGAAUUUGUGGAAAAAAUUGUUGAUUUUCAGAAGAUUGUUGGGUCAUUCAUUGAUGUCGUUGACAAUGUGGCAAAAGAAGUGGAGAAGGAGAAAAUGAAGGCAAUUGGCGCAAGAAACCUCUUGAAAUCCAUGGCAAAACAGAGAGAAGCACAAGAACAGCAGUUACAAGCUUUAAUAAUAGAAAAGAAAAUGCAGCUUGAAAGGUUAAGGAUUCAGUAUGAGACAUUACAGAAGGAAGAAAGCGACCAGAAUGACUUCAUAGAUCAGUUUAUUUUGCAAAAGUAAACAGUUGGAAAUUGUCAAAUUUAAAAUUUGUACAUAAAAUGUAAAAUUGGUGUAAAAUAAUUUUUGUUGUGAUAUAUGUACUAUUAUCCAGAAUACAACAUUCCGUCCAAAUUACUGUGCUGUUUGUAGAGGUUUUUUUUUUUUUCUUCAGUUUUUUAAUAAUGACCCGGUUUUCUGCUACCAUAUACUGCUGGCUGUCGUCGUAGUUGUGAAAUAUUCUUGAGCAUGGCGUAAAACACCAAGCAAAGAAAUAAAUCAAUCAGAUUUAAACUAAUGUAUGCUUGAAAAUUGA